CUCAGCAGGAAUAAUUCACAGACAACAUGGAGGUUGGAAACCAUACCAGCGUGACUGAGUUCAUCAUUUUGGGGUUAACAGAGAAUGCUACAACUUGUGUCAUUUUAUUUAUUGUGUUUCUAGUAAUCUAUGUUGUCACCUUAAUGGGCAACAUCAGCAUAGUCAUGUUAAUCAGAAGCAGCCCUCAGCUUCACACACCAAUGUACCUUUUCCUCUGCCAUUUGGCGUUUGUAGACAUUGGUUGCUCCUCAUCCAUCACACCUGUUAUGCUCACAGGCUUCCUCAAGAAAGGAACCUCUAUCAGUGUUGAUGGUUGUACAACCCAGCUCGGUUCUGUGGUCACAUUUGGGACAGCUGAGUGCUUCCUGCUGGCUGUCAUGGCCUAUGAUCGCUAUGUGGCCAUCUGCUCCCCACUGCUCUACUCCACACACAUGUCCCCCAGAAUCUGCAUUCUCUUAGUGGGAAUGUCCUACAUGGGUGGGUGUGUGAAUGGUUCGACAUUUACUGGCUGUUUAUUGAGUUUAUCUUUCUGUGGCCCAAAUCAGGUAGAUCACUUUUUCUGUGAUUUCUCCCCUUUGUUAAAAAUUUCCUGCUCAGAUAUCUCUAUUGUUGAAAUUAUUCCUUCCAUCUCUUCUGGGUCCAUUAUUGUGGUCACAGUGUUUGUGAUAUCUGUUUCUUACAUCUGCAUCCUCACCACCAUCCUGAAGAUGCGUUCUGCUGAAGGACGACAUAAAGCCUUCUCCACCUGCACCUCCCACCUCACUGCAGUUACUCUGUACUAUGGAACUAUUACCUUCAUUUAUGUCAUGCCCAAAUCCAGCUACUCAACUGACCAGAACAAAGUGGUGUCUGUGUUCUACUCAGUGGUGAACCCCAUGUUGAACCCUUUCAUCUACAGUCUGAGGAACAGAGAUGUGAAGGAGGCCCUGAGAAAGGCAAUUGUCAGAUUACAUUCUUAG